AUGCACUGGAAGACUGUGUUGGUGCUCUUGUUAUAUUACAAUGCUCAUGCCGCUGUACCUCCCAGGUGGAACCGAGCAAUGCUUUUCCCAUCUGCUCAACGCGUGAAGAGGUCCUCGGCCACUCAUCUCAACCCCGUCCUUCAGAAAUCUCAGGAAGACGUGGACCUUCUAUUCGAGUUUCUAACGGAGCUGGAAAUCAACAAAGAUCUGAAGAUCUCUGUCAAGGACCAGGAGCUGGCUUCCAUGAGGGUGGCUGAGGCAUUUGACACCCUUUGCAACGACGUUAUCCCCAAAAGCAUCACAGACAUUCGCAGGCUGAAUGCCAGGCUUUCGGGCUACCCUGGGAUGCUUAAAAAAGAAGAUUUUGAGAGGACAAUACUAACCAUGGUCUACACAGCAUAUCAGGCUGCUCAGUCCCAAGGACACCAGAAAGACACCUGGGCGGAAUCCUUUGUCAGCCUCUACAAGGUCCUGAAGCACGACUUGACGUUCCCAUCCAGCCAAACACCAUCCUCUCAAAGGACUUUAUAG